AUGCUGAACUUUGGGGGGUUUUGCUUCAUGGUGCUGCUCUCGACAGUGAGCGCAGCAACAGUAAAAAGAGUGGAGCAUAAUUACUACAAAUACCAUCCAAUGGAAGAGAUCAGUACUUGGAUGACUCAGACGGAGAAGGAUCACCCUGAUCUUGUGACCCUAGUGGAAUACGGAAAGACUUAUGAAAAGAGAACCAUUACGUUGUUGAAGAUCGGUCUCAAUACGGAUGCCAAAAAGAAGGCUAUCUGGAUGGACUGUGGUAUUCAUGCCAGGGAAUGGAUCGCUCCAGCGUUCUGUCAGUACUUUGUCAAACAGAUUCUGGAAACUUACAAAACAGACACAAAGAUGAAAGAGAUGAUGAAGAACAUGGACUUUUACGUGACACCGGUGCUCAACGUAGACGGCUACAUGUACUCCUGGAAGGACAACACAACUCGACUGUGGAGGAAGAAUAGGUCACCAGGACCUUCGGCCAGCUGUUACGGCACUGAUCUCAACCGCAACUUUGAUUCCAACUGGGGCACGGUGGGAGUAUCGUUCAACUGCAGCUCAGCAAUCUUUUGUGGAACCCACGCCACAUCUGAACCCGAGGCGCAAGCUUUAACCGACUUUGUAAAAAGCCGAAAGGAGGACUUCCUGUGUUUCCUCACCAUCCACUCCUAUGGCCAGCUGCUCCUGCUUCCCUUCGGACACCCGAACUACACCGCAACCAACUACAAGGAGCUGAUGAAGGUGGGACUGGGAGCAGCUGAAGCCAUUUUGAAGGUCCACGGAAAAAACUACACAGUGGGAACCUCUCCAGAUGUAUUAUACCCCAACUCCGGUUCAUCUAGAGACUGGGCCCGACUGCAGGGGAUCCCUUUCACCUACACUUUUGAGCUAAGAGAUGAAGGGACGUUUGGCUUCCAGCUUCCUGAGGAUCAGAUCCAGCCAGCCUGUGAGGAGGCCUACAGCGGGGCUCUGCACAUCAUCACCUACGCCCACGACAAGACCUUUAGCGGGGCCGUAGUGACCACUGCGGCAACCCUUUGGACCCUGCUGUUAGCUGUGGGGGUCACCAGACUCGCCUAGAUGUGACAAAAACAGCUACUCUGCCCACACAGCUCUUGCUAUAAAUGAUGUGUAUUUAUUU